GGCGACUAGUGUGGGUGGUACACAACGUCCCUGCGCUCGCUCUCCACUCAUCAUCAGCAUCAUCAUUGAAUCCAUCCGUAUCAUACUGUAGUUGUGACGGGUACGAAUGACUCGCAAAAUCGCAGUAUCUCUUCCAUCUCGUCCACUGCCUAGCUACGCCCUUCACCUUAUCGCCCGUCUUUGUAGUUUUGUUGCCUGGUUGAGAUUGCAGUUUGCCUGCUCCAUCGCCUGACCACGAGUCGGACCCAACGUUAACGGCGCCUGUCGCCUGUCCUUCUACCCCAAUCACAUGCCGGUUCCGUCAUAUGCCUGCGACUCGAGACCAUCGGGAACCUGAACCUCGACCUCAACAACUCGCCGCCCAUCCUCACACUGCACGCUGCCCUGCCCGCCCGUAGAUGGCUUGCUCAUCUACUUGAUCAAAAAGACUGUCGAAUGGCAUAGCUAAACCACUCCGAAAUCUCCGGAUCUGCUGUUUUGUCUCCCUAUCGAACGAAUGCCUUGACCGCUUGAUACACUCCCGGUGGAUAUCAAACAUUGAAAUACCAUGGAAGGAUAUCGGAUACCUGCUGUUACUCAUCGGUCCACUGAAUGCUAAGCCUGCUAGCUCUGUACUGCCUGCACUACAAGUGAAGACGCAUUCCUUGUCAAAGGUCAAACACCAUGCAUCAACAUCCUCGUCCACCACCUGUGACCGCGUCUCCCGCGAACUCCGAACAGACCAAUCCCACACGAACCAACAACCCCAGAGAUCGAGAUCUCCAGGCGCUGAGGACGACUUCGCCUCUGACCCAAGGGUCCGGUUCGUCGGAGGACUUUGCAAACGCACGGCAAGAUUCACCAGCGGACAAUCCCGGCGUGCAAAUGCAGCGGUUGAAUCAGGUCAUCCAGAACUUCCACACCAAGGCCGCCCUGAUCAUUCUCCAGUCUCGAGUAGAACUGUCCCCUGCCUACUCCCAGAAAACCGAGACCAAGCGGGUGAAUCGGUGGUUCAACCUCGACAUCGACGAAACCCACGAGUACAGGGACGAUAUCAAGAGAUGGAAGACCUGUGAUGUCGAAGACAACCGACCUCCACCGUUGGUGAUUGAGGUCUUUCUCACCACAGACCCUCUACAACAAGGCCAGAGGUUGGUGAUUGUGGAUGAGGACGGCAAGAGGUGGGACGUCAUGACCACGCUGUCAUCCCGGAACAAUCAUCGACGGAUGGCAGAAGCGAACGAGGUCAUUCUGGAGCGGUGGACGAUCCAACUCGGCGAUGCCACCGGUCCGGUUCCUCCAGACCUUGCUACGCUUUUGCCGCUGGUUUACAAGAAGAGCAUCGUCUUUUUCCGGUCUCUCUACACCUACAGCAACUUCCUUCCGGCGUGGAAGCUGUCGAGGAAGAUUGGAAAGUCCCGGUCGACAAUGGCCAUGAAGAUUGGAUAUCGCAUUGUCGAUGGCUCACAAAUGACUGGUUUGUCCCGACCCGACAACCUCAACUUAAGGCUGUUCGACAGCAAUUCCGACGUGCUGUCGUCAUAUGAUUUCGGCAUGACAGACUCGCCCGCCGGACCCUUUUCCGUCAAGGUCGACUACCGGCAGAAUUGCGAUUUCCGGAUAGAUGACUCGGAGGAACUAUUGAGUUCGAGGUUCCUCGGUGCUGAUGAUGACCUCUUCCGACCAUCUCUCCCGGUCAAUAGAGCGGGGACUCGAACGACAGAAGUCGGCUCUCUGCCUACUGACCGUCGGCAGCACCUUUUGGAAUCACCCGAGCUGGGACUUGCGUAUGGCAGCUUAUCUACUUUCCACCAAGCAGGCAUUGCCAGUGGAACAAGUCCGAUUUCGGCCCUUCGAAAUGCUCAGGAGUUCGACACCAGCUCUCCGCCGACUCCCGAACCAGCCAGACAAACCGUACACUCGCAUACGACAACAGCGGCUCAACCCUCACGAACCUCUCUCAGGGCUGUCGCAGCGAAUCGCCGAAGUUCGUUUUCAGUCCAUCCUUUCAAGACUCCCACACUCUCGGCUUCACCUCUUGGAGUCUCUCCGCUUGCGAGCUCCCCUCGAACACACUCUGCAAGGGUACCUACUUUGGGCUCGUUGACUGAAGAAGGAAUCCCUCCCCCGGCUGCCACCGCCCCGGUGACCCUGGCAGGACGUCGAGCGGGCUCUUUGACUUCAGACAAUGCCGUAGCUUCGUCGACGUCUAGCUCGCCAAAGCCAGCUCCCGUCACCAGAUAUAGCAGUAGCUUUAGCCAUCGCCGUGCCCGGCUGUCAUCCGGUGGCACAACUGCCCGUACCGACGAUGAUCAAACCAGCAGUGGUAGAGGCAGCGCGGCGUCUUCGGCUCAACCAGGGUCGGGAUUGAUGACUGAACCAGCAACGGGAGGGGGCAGCUCGGGUUCGGUGGCGGAGGACGAUGGAGAAAACAUCUCCGAGUUCUUGAAAAUGAUCGAGCUGCAAAAGGAUCUGCUGUCAUCGCCUUCGUCGGCCGCAGCGGAAGCGUCGACGCGAAGAACGGCGGCGGCCCUGAAUCGCUUCCACCGAAUGAGAGAGUCCAAUGCUGCACUGUCGGAGUCCAUGUCUUCUUCCCUGAUGUUGCAGAGAUCUUCGGGCUCUUCUAGUCGGCAGCUAUCAGGCGUUCCUCCCAUGGUGGCUGGGACGUCCAUUUCGACUUCUUCAUCGCCUGGCAAACCAAUUUCACCCCACACUCCACAUACACCUUUUGCGCCGUCCCGGCUUAGCGCCGCAUAUAGCCAUGACGACGGGGACACUCCGCAUCGAUUUUCGGUCGGAGAAGAGGCACCCUCGCCUUCGGAUGCUCCGACAGAAGAGACCGCUCAGGCCGAGUCGUCUACGGCCAAUGUGAAUGCGAUCGACAUACCCAAUUCGCCCAGGCCGUUUUUGCCAGGGUAUCCACGAUCAAGCUCGGCCCAACGGCAGCGACCGUUGAAUGAUGCCGACGAUGACGUUGCCGGGUUCUAUGGUAUGAGAAGUGCCAGUAUGGGAGCGGACCGACGGCGCGGUCAUGGUCACGGUCAUCGAAGGGAAGCUGCUCGAGCUGAUGAUGAUGACGACGGAGGAGAAGAGAGACCAGUCGAAUCUACGUUCUCGUCUCGUCGACACCGACCUAACGAAGGGUCUGUUAGACGCGCCUCUCAUCAAGCAGUGCCCCAUCGGCAUUCGGGACUAGCGACGGCAACACCGCUAGGAGCUUCAGAUGGAACAGGCUCAGAACCAGAACCAAGUGACUUGUCGGCUCGAGCGUCGGUAGCGGGAGAGGGACCGCCGGCAGGGUCUACCACAAAUACAAAUACUUCAUAUCUGGCUAGACAACGGAUUACGUCCCGACCACACCAAGCAGGAGGAUCGGGAUCGGGACCGGGAUCGUCGUCUAGUCGACUUGAUAGUGGUGCUAAUAGCGGUGGUGGUGGUAUCGUCAGUCGUGGUAGCGACGGCGUCGGUGAUGAGGAUGGCCCCGGUAACAGUGUCCAAGUUGGUGGUGAUGGUCAUGGUGUUGAUGCCGGAUCUACAGGCUCGGAGCCGACUUCCUCGUGGGCAGUGCGAGGAAGUGGUGGUGGUGGGCAUCACGGUCAUCAUCAUGGCAGUCAUCAUCGACGACAUAGUAGGGCCAGUGUCGUCAGUAACUUGAGUCGGCCGGCGGCGGGCGUGGGCCUGGACGAGGACGAUUUCCUCCCGUUUGCCAUGGAGAAGAGUGAUUUCAACAUGGGCGGGAAAGCAUAAGCCGGAGUUUUGACAGUGAACAAGUGAACCACUUGAAGGCGGUUGAACGAAGUUAUUACUGAAGCGAACUUUGUGAUUAAAUCGACUUGACUUGACUUGGCUUGGUGUGAUUUGACCUACUUUUUUUUUCCUGAGCUUUCACUUUUUAGGGGUUUGGUUUUGGUCUUGGUCUUGGUUUGCUCCGAGUCGUGGUCGUGCUCAUGACACGGUUGGUAUGGUACUCGGAUGGUUCGACGGUUGCAUCUACACGUGGUAGACUGGGUAUACAUAAAUUUCUACUCCAUCUGGCAAAGUGCAGUGGCUCAGUUUUAUUUCUAAGAGUAUCCAAAUCACCAUCGAAACGAGAUCAUGACUGUGACGGGAGGGGGACUGUGACUUCUAGAAAUAGGUACUGGUAUAGUAAGGAAGAUACCACAUAUGAUACCCAUCAC